CAGCCCCAACUCUCACUCUCAUGGGGUGUCUGUUUCCAGAAAAGCUGAUCGGCGUCGCCGUGGUUCCGGUUAUUUAGUCUUCGCUGACAUAACCAGACUCAGCGUCUCCUCAAGAGUCGAAGGAUGAGGAUCACAGCGCCCCGAACCCUCCUCCUGCUGCUCUCUGGGGUCCUGGUCCUGACCGAGGCCUGGGCGGGUGAGUGCGGGGUUGGGAGGGAACCGGCCUCUGCGGGGAGGACGAGGGGACCGCCCGGCGGGGACGCAGGACGGGAACCCGCGCCGGGAGAGUGUCGGGUGGAGUCUCAGCCCCUCUCGCCCCCAGGCUCCCACUCCCUGCGGUAUUUCUCCACCUCCGUAUCGCGGCCCGGCAGCGGGGAGCCCCGGUUCAUCGCUGUCGGCUACGUGGACGACACGCAGUUGGUGCGGUUCGACAGCUACGCGGAGAAUCCGAGGGUGGAGCCGCGGGAGCUGUGGGUGGAACUGGAGUAUUUGGAGGGGCUGACACAGUGCGCCAACCACCGAGCGCAGGAUGACCGGCUGAACAUGAGGUUUCUACACGACUACUAUAAUCAGAGCGAGGACGGGUCUCACACAUUCCAGAGCGUGAUCGGCUGCGACUUGGGGCCAGACGGGCGCCUCCUCCGCGGGUAUCAGCAGCACGCCUACGACGGCGCCGACUACAUCGCCCUGAACGAGGACCUGCGCUCCUGGACCGCGGCGGACACGGCGGCUCAGAUCACCCAGCGCAAGUGGGAGGCGGAGGGUGUGGCAGAGAGACGCAGGAGCUACCUGGAGGGCGUUUGCUUGGAAUGGCUCCGCAGACACCUGAAGAAGGGGAAGGAAAUGCUGCAGCGCGCGGAUCCCCCAAAGUCUCGUGUGACCCACCACGCCAUCUCUGACCGUGAGGCCACCCUGAGGUGCUGGGCCCUGGGCUUCUACCCUGCGGAGAUCACACUGACCUGGCAGCACGAUGGAGAGGAUCAGACCCAGGACAUGGAGCUUAUAGAGACCAGGCCUUCAGGGGACAACAGAACCUUCCAGAAGUGGGCAGCUGUGGUGGUGCCUUCUGGAGAAGAGCAGAGAUACACGUGCCAUGUGCAGCAUGAGGGGCUGGAGGAGCCCCUUAUCCUGAGAUGGGAGCCAUCUUCCCAGCCCAGCAUCCCCAUGGUGGGCAUUGUUGCUGGCCUGGUUCUCCUUGGAACUGUGCUCACUGGAGCUGUGGUUGCCACUGCGAUGUGGAGGAAGAAGAGUUCAGGUAAAAAUGGAGGGAGCUAUACUCAGGCUGCAACCCGAGAAAGUUGUGGCUAAAUGUUCAUAUCUUCCCUUUGUGACUUCAAGAGCCUCUGACUUCUCUUUCUGCAAAUGCUUCUGAAUGACUCUGCAUCCCUGUUUGCCUAAUGUGAGGUGGGGAGUCUACCCUACCCCCAUGUCCACAGUGACCCCUUCUCUCACACUGACCUGUGUCCCUUCCUGAUUAUUUUUCCUAUUGAAGGGAGGUGGGCAAUGGACGUCUCCAUCCCUGUCUCAACUUCACAUUGCACUGAGCUAUUUCCCUACUGAAAAUAAGAAUUUGAAUAUAACUUUGUUUUCUCAAAUUCUUUCCAUGAGAGAGGAAAGAGAAGAAAUAAAAGGAAGAUCU